ACGACGAAGAAGAUCCCGUAGCACGCUGCGGUCGAGACUGCUGACUGAAAGCACGCGCUUAGAACUCUGAUCAAGUGGAUCAACAGCACGACUGCGCCGAGCCCGUCUGCGCGAUCCCAAACGUCGAGUUCAAGCAGCACAUUCGCUUCGCUGUGUGGGCGACCAAUUUUUAAAACGCCGGAAGAUUAGUUUUUGCUUGGCUGCGUGAAGCUACUCCACAUGAUGGUCACCAAGGCAGCAGUGGUGGUGGUGGCCCUGGCUGCCAUCUUCUGCGUUUCAAGUGCUGUAGAUGUCCGCUUCCAGGAGGGCAAGCUGCCGGACGCUUUGAAGAUGGAUGACAAAGCACAACAGCCAGCUUCUGAACCCGAGAAGCCAAACCCUGGCAACGACUGCGACAAGAACAAGUUCCACGAAGGGAUCUCGAACUGCGAAACGGGGCUGAAGCCCUUGGAGAAGCUUGUGUCGGAAAAGAAGUCUGAUGAGUCUUGCAAGCUGCUCAAGACGUACCUGUCCUGCAUCGACGACUUCCAGCUUUUCCUAUCAUGCGAAAGUGACCCCGCAGCUGAUGUGGAAAAGAGGAAGGUCGCCGACAUCCUCGCCAAGAAUAAGCUGAGCUGUGCUGAGCUGAUGUACCUCUCCCCAAAUGCAACGACCAAGGCACCUGGUGUUCAGCCAGGAAAUCCAGCAUUUGGUGGCAAAGGGAUUGCUCCCACUCAAGUGCCGCUGGUGCCGAAAAAAUGCAAUGAACGCAAGCUCAUGCGCCGCAUGGUGGAAUGCCUAAAAAAUAUGAAGGCAGGCAUGGAACCUUUGCUGGAUAACAAGAAGAUAAACCAGAGGUUGAUUUGCGGACAGACGGAGAGCUUCAAGUCUUGCGUAAAUCUUGCUCUCGCUCACACGGAGUGCAACACUGACGAAGAAGUGCUCGACCAGACAACGCAUUUCAUCGUACACGUUCUUUACGAGCACCGUUGGGCAUGCAAGGAGGUUCAGACGAGCGAGAAAAAAUGUGAGGAGCGAUCUUUGGUACUGAAGCUGAACCAGUGUGUUCGCCUUCUCAACAAGACCGUGGAACCAAUCAUUGAGGAUAAGGAGAACAACAAGCUCAACAUUUGCAGGGCAAGCGACACAUUCCUGUUGUGCGUCAACGAGGCCGUUUCAGAGACAGCUUGCCGAGAGGACUCUGAGGUGAUGUUCCACGUGUCCCACUUUGCAGACAAGAUCCUCCGUCACCACAAGUGGUCCUGCGACCGCAACGCCAUCCAUGGGUCGACAGAAAAGCCGAAGAUUGAAACAGGUCUACGGCAGAAGCUAGAGGGCAACGGCUCUGGCAAUGGAACGCAAGUUGCUGGAGUUUCCAGCGCGGUGGAACAUGGUAGCAAUGGUCCUGGUGACAAGUGCAAUUUCGAGGUAGUCCGUUCUGCCGUGGACACGUGUCAGCAGUCCGCAUAUGACCAGAUCAAGAAGAAAGGGAUUUCACAGCCCAAGCAUCUAUGCGCUGAGCUGAAGCUAUUCAAAGAUUGUUCCAUCGAGGCCACCAAAAAGAAUGGCUGUUCUACGGACAAGAAUGCAGAAACAUACGUCUACGACCGCGUCAAGGAUUCCUUCUAUAAGUAUCUUACCGACUGUCGCCCACUUUGGUCUGCUGCCAAUCCCUCAGGGAUGGUGAAUUCCUGGGUAACACUUUCCUUGGCCGUCUCAACACUCUCCCUGCAUUUCUUGCGCCAGUGAGCUUCCGGAAGUGAAAGCGUAUUGUAAUAAACGUGGUUCGUAAGUUGA